AGAAACCUACACUUCAACUUCAACACAAUUAAGUCUGAUCUAAACAAAAACAAAACUGAGCAAAGUUAAAGAAACAUUUGUUGAUAAAUUUUACCGUGAUAUUAAUCAUGGCUAGUUUAAAAAUUGCUCCACAGAACUUAAAAUCUGUUCAGCCUUACUUAAAAAUUGCUGAAGAGCAUGAAACUAGGGAUCCUUCAAUAACUUAUUGGUGUCGCUUUUAUGCUGUUCAAUGUGGCCUCAAGCUAAAUGACAAAUCACCAGAAAAUACUGCCUUUUUCUUGGGCUUGAUGGAUUGGUUAGAAAAGGCGAAAAAAGUCAAGCGUGAUGAUGAAUCUAUCUCAAAUGAAGUUGUUGCACAAGCUCACAUUGAAAAUUAUGCCUUGAAACUUUUCCUAUUUGCAGAUAACGAAGAUCGUUCAGGGCGAUUCAACAAGAAUGUUGUAAAAGCUUUCUACACCUCUGGUUUUAUCUAUGAUAUUGUGAGUACUUUUGGUGAGCCAAGUGAUGAAGUUUUGCAUCAUAAGAAAUAUGCUAAGUGGAAGGCAGCUUAUAUACAUAAUUGUUUGAAGAAUGGAGUUACACCCGUGGCAGGGCCUCUGGCUAUGGAAGGAGAUGAAAAUGAAGAUAAUGAAUUUUCCAAUGAGAAACCAGAGGAUGAUUUAAGAGAUGAGUCGUCAACAUCCUUUCCACAGGACCAGCCUACACCCUAUCCAACAGGUGGUUUGUUUAAUUUACCUGGUCAAUCCCCUGGAAAUUUCUCCACACCAGUGCCCAGUCAAAGACAACCACCAGAAGGUUUUAAUUUGCCAGUGCCUGGAACGCAUGCACCACCAUCUACACCGAAUGGGACAAAUCAACUGUCCCCUUCUGCAUCUGAUGCUGAUAUUUUAAAUCCGCAAAACAAUACUAGUGGUGUUCCUCUUAGAUCAGAAGAUUAUCACAAAGCGCAAAAAUACUGUAAAUUUGCUGGAAGUGCACUUCAGUAUGAAGAUGCACCAACAGCCAUCCUAAAUUUGCAAAAAGCUUUGCGACUCUUAACAACUGGCCAAGAUCAAUAGUAGUAUUGUGUCGUGUAUAAUCCUGUAUAUUUAAAUUUUGUUUCACAUAAAUGCUAUGCAAAUUUUAUUCUGUAUAAACGAAUUAUUUAUAUUAAAAUUAAUGUUUUAUGCUUCAAA